GCAGUCGCACCCGGCAGUCGGGAGGUAAGGCGCGGUGCGGUGCGGUGCGGUGCGGUGCGGUGCGGUACGGUACGGUACGGUACGGUACGGAGCGUGCAGUACAGCGUCGGGUAGUACGGCGUGGCAUGGCACUGUGGCACGGCACCGUACGGCAUGUUAUAGCAGGGCACAACACGGCACAGCACGGCGUGCUAUAGCACAGCAUGGCACGGCACAGCAUGCUGUAGCAUGGCGCAGUUCGGCUCGCAGCGCAGCGCCGGACCCCUCUCGCUGCUCGCGGCGCUCCGGUGCGGCUGCGGCGGAUCCCGGCGCCGCGCGGGGCUGUGUGUGCGGGGACAUCGGGGACAGAACCGCCACUCGAAGCCUUUGGGGCUCCGCAGGAGGAGGUGCUGCCGUGCCGUACCGCGCCGUACCGCGGACGGGCAGCUUUCCGUGGCGAUAGACGGGACGCGCGGUGCGUGUGUGGCGUUUUACCGAUGUGUGCGAAAGUUUUGCGACUCGCUGAGAGCAAAGUCUGUGUGCGAGAGGGUUCGGCUGCUCCCCCUCGAGCCCCAGCCACGCCUGAAAGACGCUCUGGUCCGGCGGUGAUUUUCCCGACAAGCUUGGUGAGGAGCCGGCGUGCAUCCCGAGGCUCACGCAGCUGGCAAAGGCGCAGCGUGCUUUUCUCCUGCCUUGUCAUUUAGGGCCUGCAGCCCCCGGGUCUGAGUUCUCGUUGUGUACUUUCAGCAGCAUUCCCGUGAGGAGUUGCUGUGGGGUUGUGUUUAGGAUCACUUUGGUGUGUUGGACCCCAGUUCUGGCUCUCCUCUUGGCACAGAUGCACUCUUUGUUGCAGUUUUCCGUAGUCUCUCUAAUGCAAAGUCCACUGUGACACGUGGGCAUCGUUGCCGACUGGAUCUUUAAGCAAAAAAGGGAUCUGAAAUAUGCUGGGUACAGGGGUCAGGUCUGUGCCCAAAGACAUGAAAACGUGAAUGUGUCCCAUAGGUUUGGAGUCAAACACAGAAAGGGAAGGAGUUGCAGUGGCUGCAGAAUGGCAGCGCCGUGCAGUCAUGCAGGUAUCAGCACGGGAAGCUCCUGGGAGCACAGCUCUGCCACAAGUGGUGUUCCAAUACUGGCACUGCAAGGUGUGCAUUCCGUGUGUUUCUGCUUCUCAGCUUUGUGGUCAGGGCAAGAAGAGCGAGGGAAGAAAUCCUGUCUCUAAAAGUCACUCUGACAGAGUUUUGUUUUAUAAAGGCAUUACUUUAAAUCUGUAAAGGCCGGCAGCACUGCGUCUCAGAGCAGUGCUGGGAGGUUUAUUCCUUAGGAGCCUCUGGAGAAGAACAGAAGCCGUCUGUGGCCAUAAAUGCCCGUGGCUGUGAAAUGCUACCAUGGCCUGUGAGAAUUAAAAAGAGAAAAAGCAGAGAAAAUAAAAUCACCAUAUGAUCUCAUGCAUUUAUUCUCAUCCCCACAUAGGAGCUCCUACUUUAGCGCUGAGAUGACCCUCGGUGUUAAAAUGACCACGCACAUGUAGGCAGGGAAUGCUGACUAAGAUUAGCAACAGAACUCUCCGCUGCUGUGAGUUUUGCCCCAUUGCUUGGUGGAUUCACUGCAGUUUCUGCAGCUGAGAACGGUUUCCAUCACUGCUUUCUGCAGCUGUUGCACAGCGUUGCUGCAGCCCCUGCUUUGUUCUGAAUGGUCAGAUAAUAGAAAUUUAGGAUAUUAAAGAUGAGGAAAUUACAUUUAUCACACUGUGUUCUUGGGCUCAGUUUGCCUUUUAUUGUGUUUAUUUAAGAGAAGUUUGGGGGAUUCUAUUAGUUAUAUGUAUAGCAGAAUAGAUUUAAAAGGCAGCCCUGGCAGGAGAUGUCUCAGCCAGCUUGCAGCUGGGAACCAUGAGGCACUGGGAGAGGAGAUGGAGGGCUGUGCUCAAAGCGAUGGGAGGCACAGAAGGGACAAAUGCCCAAAUGUGCUGGGCUGUGAUUGGGCUCUUUGGUUCACACAGGUGAUGGCAGCAAUAGAAAUGGAGUUAGAGAUGUUAGCUGCGGUAACUUGUCUGCGUUCCCCUUUCCUGCCCAUAGCUCUGUUCAGGUGACUUGCCUGGGCUGCAGCUCCCAUCGCAUCAGCCACACUGAGUGUUGCACAGCAGUGGGCACAAGGAAAGAGGAAACCUCCAUGCUAGAACGUUGUCACCUCUGGUUCAUCACACAGCGACAUCUGACGCCUCAAAGCCUGGCACGCUCUUCCCACUGCCCGGCUCUGCCCGGAUCUGGGACGUCUGGCACUGGGGGCACCUGCAGCAGUCGCCCUCCGCUCGCUGAGUGUGCAGCAAUGGAUUUCUCGUGGCCCCGUGCGACGCGCGUUGAGCAGUGCCUGCUCUAGCCUGAGAACGGACGGUCUGCAGGGAACCAAGAUGACAACCGAACCUAUCAAAGAGAUCCUGGGCACCCCAAAGCACGCCGACCCCGCAACCGCAGAGAAGAGUAAUAACAAUGACUGUGUGAUAACCACCAUCCCCCUGGUCAGCGAAUGCCAGCUGACGGCCGCCACGGGGGGGGCAGAGCUCUCCUGUUACCGCUGCACCGUUCCCUUCGGAGUGGUUAUCCUCAUCGCCGGCAUCGUGGUCACUGCUGUGGCGUACAGCUUCAAUUCCCAUGGAUCAGUCAUCUCCGUGUUCGGAUUGGUCCUCUUGUCAUCAGGACUCCUCCUGCUGGCUUCCAGUGCCGUGUGCUGGAAGAUCAGGCAGCAAAAUAAGAAAGCAAAGAGGCGCGAGAGCCAGACGGCGCUUGUGGCAAACCACCGAACCCUGUUCGGCUGAAGGCAGCUGCCAGGCGUGGGCAGCAGCAGAGCCUCAGCGCCAGCCCUCCUGUUUGCCAUAGGACAGAGGGCAGCUUUUAAUUUAACAUUGAGAAUGAGCUGACACGGAAACGGAAUGGAUUAACAAAGGCUCUUAACAAGUCUGCAAACGCUGUUAUUAUUUUUCUCACCGCAGAUGUAACAGUGGUCCUUUCCACGACGGAGGAAAAAACCAAUUUUCCUGCACAGAAAACUGUUUUCAUGGCUGCAGUCACCAGAAGUGCAUUCUGCAAAGCACUGCUCGCGUUGGAAAGGGGACUCUGAGACCGAAGGCCAUAAUUUGAACUGCCUGGAAGUGCCGGAGGUCUCCUCACAUCCACACUGUGACAUCUGACCGAGGGAGAACUCGUAGCAUUGGCAGUGGGUUACGGCCAGAUCCUGCAGCUGACACUGAGACAAAAAGAGCAAAAAAAGCAAGCAAUAGCAACCAGCAAACUGCAGAUUGCCCAAUAAGCUGAUUCGUAUCUUUUAUAUAACUCUUCCCCCCCAAUAUCCGUGGUACUUUCCCCCCUUUUUAAACCAACUAAUAUUGAUUUUGUCCUAUUAUUGAAUACAAAUAGGUAGGAAUAUGUAAUUAUAUUGUCUAACCUAAGUAACGAGGUAUGGCUAUAGCUUCAAACACAAAACUCUUUUUUUGUAAAUUAAAGUGGUCAGGUUUAGCACUUUUGAUUAUUUUGCUAUAAAAUUAAAAAGUAAAUUUCAUUAAAAUGAUACUCAGUGCUGCUAGA